AGCUUUGGUCACGUGACCUCUUAGUGCAACUGGCCUAUUACUGGUGAAAAUAUUAUAGCGAUCGGACGAGGAAAAAAACACUUUUAAGGCGAUUGAAAAAUAUCGGUAUGGCCUCUGAAAAACUGUAUCGAAACACCUUAAUAACGUUAAAAUAUUUUAUAUAAAAAUAAAUAAAGGAAUAAAAUCUACAGUCUACAAUCUAAUUAAUCUAAAGGUAAAUUAAUAAGUAGGGUCUCAAGUAUUACACAAUUUACAAUUUGAGCAUCUGUUCCCAGCUAUGAGACUUGAUAAGUCUUUCUUUUGAAUACUUGUUUUGAAAGCCGAUAAUGUGGCUAGGUCCCUGUCAUUUUUAGACAAUUUGGACUAUAAAAAUGGUCUAAGGUAUCUAAUAGAGUGUCUGCCAUAUUUCACGGUAUUGAACCUAGGAAUAAAGAAGUCUGAAUUUCGUAGGUUAUAACUGGACAAUGAUACACUAAAAAGAUCGAUAAUAUUCGCAGCUAUUAACUUAAAUUUCACUUUGUACAUGAGGAUUGCGAUAUCCUGCAGGCGCCUAUUGUAAAGACUAGUCAUCCGUGCACCCGUAAGUAACUCAUCAUAUGAUGAUCUCCAGUCGCAAAAUACAGCUCGCAGACCCGUUCAUUGACCCUCUCAAGCUCCGGUCUGAGCCUCUACAAAAGUGCCAAACGAGGCUACAGUAUGUCAGAUAUGGCAAAAAAUGGCGGCCUUGUAUAUUCUUAAUUUCACUUUCAUUGAAAUCAUGGUACGCAUUCUCUUUAGGACACAUACCCGCAUACCUGCUUUCUUGCAAGCUGUAGAGAUAUGGUUACUAAACAACAAGUUCCUGUCAAUAAAAACGCCUAAAAGAUUAAGUUCAUCCAUUGGCUGUACUAUAAAAGUGUCACUUUCGACGUCACGCUGCAAGAAUAGUAAUUUGAUAUACCGUUUUUAUUCGAAUAAGCGCUCAACCUCGAAUUAGCGCCCACCUCGAAUAAGCGCCCAUCCUAACGGCAAAAGGGAAAGUUUAACAGGUUCAUCUCGUAUCGUAAUGCCCUUAAUGCCAUCAUCUUCUCUUAUCUUUAUAGCUAAGGUCUCCAAAGCUAUUAUGAACAGGUAGGGAGAGAGGGGAUCUCCCUGCCUUACUCCCCUACUUAGUGCAAAAGGUCCUGUUGUAAAACCAUUGUUCAUUACACAGCUAGAGGCAUUGUUAUAUAAGACCCGUAUCCACUGAAUAAAAGAAGGACCAAAGUUAAAUGCAUGUAAUACUCUUAAAAGAAAAUUUAAAUUGAGCGAGUCGGAAGCUUUUUCAAAGUCUAUAGCUACUAGAAUCCCAGGUAUAUCUUUGUACCUAGCAUAUUCAAUCACAUCAUCGAUCGUUCUGACGGCAGAAAAAUUUAAUAAGCGCCCACGCCAACGCCUCCUCCUUCCAAUCAAACUCAAAUAAGCGCCCACCCCCACCCCACCCACUUGAGUGACAAUGAGAUUGAAAUUGAAAUUGAAUAAGUACUAAUUAAUAAGAGUCUUCUCCGACGACGGAGUUUUCUUCAGAGUAUUUUACAGAAUCCUUGCUUUGUUACUUCUUCGCGUUUUGUUAUUAGCAUUUAUUGUUUUGUUGCAAAAUAAACAUACUACACUCGCUGAAAAUGGUGAAAAUUUAAUAAGCGCCCAGCCUCGAAUAAGCGCCAACUCUCAAGGUCCAAAAAUUUAAUAAGCGCCCAGGGCGGUUAAUCGAAUAAAUACGGUAAACAUUGCUUCAUUUUUGCUUGGGUUUCCCUGCAGGAAAUUCUCACUGUACCAUCUCGACGCUUGUCUUCCAUCAUUGUUGAUCACUAUUAGCGACUGAUCAGGGUCUUUAUGUGCGUAGUAAAAUUGAUGGUCAUCUGCGUAUACUGAUAAAUGAAUGUCACGCUGAAUAUAGAACAGUUCAUUAUAGUAGAUAUUCCAUAGCACGAGCCCUCGUGAGGGUCCCUGAGGACAUACCCUCUUUAUUUCCUUACAACUGCUGGUCACCGUUCCUACUCUCUUCCGUCGAAAUAGGAUUUCAUAAAAUUUAAAGCGCUUUCACAAAAACCAUAAGCUUUCAGUAUGGCCAGAAGUAACGCUGGGUGCACGGAGUCAAAGGCUUUAUUUACUCAUAUCAGUUGACAAAAUGGCUACAGUCUCCCCUGUAUCCCACUCAUAUUUCCAGUCCUCAACUAGUCGUAUCAAAGUUGUUUCACAACUGUAACACUUUCGAUAUACUGACGUCGAAUUGUCAAAGAUAGUUUUCGAACAACUUAUCCCUCAAUUGAUAGCAGAUCAAUUGCUCAAAGAUCUUAUCCACUGCCGGUAGCAAAGUUACUGGUCUGUAAUUGGCUAUAUUUUGCGGAUCCUCUUUCUUGUACACUGGUACCCAUUCUCCUCUUUUCCACUCCUUAGGCCAUUCUCUCGCCUGAAUUACUUGAUUAAAUACCACCGUUAGAGGUUCUGCAAUCUCAUCUGCUACCAGCUUAAGCAUUCUAGGGGACAACCCAUCAAACCCUGUUGCUUUACGAGGGUUAAUAUCCCGAAGGGCGUCCAAAACUUGCUCUCUGCUAAUGCUCCUGAUGUUAAACGUACUUGGCAUUUGUCUGUGUCUGAUCGCACUCACCCAUAUUGUCUGCGGUUGUUGAAAGGUAACGUGUAAAUUCCUGUGCAACUAUCUGCUUGUUCUGUUGUAGCUGUCCUUGGAUGUUUAGAGAAAUAUCAGUUGAAUCCUUGUCCUUAGCACACUUUGAGCUGAUAAAGGGCAUAAACGUUCCAAAGAAUUUCUUAGGAUUCUUAUCAAGUUUACCUGACACACCAUUCCAGUAAUCUUUAAUCGCCUUCCUUCUCAGUCGUGUGGCCUUGUUUCUCCAGGUUUUCAUUAGUUCCCAUGACUCUGUAGUUCGAUCCUUGCUGAAUUUCUUCGCAAACCUCCUUUCUUUCUUAUCGCUGCUUUCCACUCUGUAUUCAUGUACGGGACGUCAUUCUUUCUUACUCUCGUCUUUUUCAUAGGCAGGUGUUCAGCACUUCGCAUGAAGUGCUGACAAAAAUGGCGGGUCGGUUGCUCGAGGUAAGACGACAUCUUCCUGUGGCAUUCUUUUCCUAUUUACUUGAAAGGUAGAAUUUCUGCAAAAAAAUUGCUUUCAUAAAUUAACUUCCAGUUUUGGACCUAAUAGGCCACUGGCACUCAGAGGUUUUUUAUGAAAAUGAAAUCACGAAACGGUCUUUUCUACGCGAAUAAACGGGAGUUGUAAAUAUUCCUUCGAGCACAAACCUCAGCUACAGUAAAUUAAAAAACGCCGUUUUCAAUCCUUCGAAGUCUUUUCUUGCAUUAGAAUUUUGUCGACUUUUAAAAGAUCGUUUUCCUUUAAAUAAAUGGAAAAAACACCGAACUACAUCAAUGAAAGUGUUUGCUCUUGUUGAAGUACAUAAUCACACUUGAAAACAAAUUGUUUGUAACAGUAAGGUGCAAACUAGCCUGCGAAAACAUCCGUUUCUCCUCGCUCUUCGCCGCUGGGGACGUUUCGCGCGGAGGUUCCUCCGCGCGAAACGUCCCCAGCGGCGAAGAGCGAGGAGAAGCGGAUGUUUUCGCAGGCUAGGUGUAAACAUAGUCACUUAAACUAAAAUAUAAAUUACAUGUAGGCUGCAGUUGAGGAGAAUUAUUAAAAUGAUCGCGACUCAUGGUUAUUUAAUGUACAGUACCCUUAUUAGGACUGAAUUAUCCGUAUGAAAGUUUUCAUAGUGUACAUGCAUGAAAAACAAAUACCCAUGCAAAAGUGAAUUUGUAUGAAAUGUCCACAUACAAGUCCUUUUGAAGGUGAUCAGUUUGCAUGAGCUUGUUAAGGCAUGGUUGCCAGAGGCAUAGUUUUUUAAAAUUCUCAUACUGACAGUCAAAUGUACACUUCUCUGACCAAAUGAAUUGACAAUAUGUCCAGAUAUUUUUGGAGUCGCAAUUGCAGUGUAAACUUCGUGUACUGGACACAGACGACCUAAAACAAAGGUGUUCUUUGUUUUCUGCUCAGGGCAAAUCUGCUUGCUAUUGUUUCAUGGUUUUUAUUCUUUUAUUUUAUGCCAUCUGUGUCCGGUACACAAAAUAAAUGCCCAAACUUGAUCACAGCCAUCUUCUCCACCUAUUUAUUACAUGAAUUUAUCGUGAACUUAUAGUGCAGUUUGGAUUGAUCUUAUAGGAAACCCUAUAUCUUUUUGUCGAUUUUUUUUUCUUGAAACAAUAUUCUGCCAAUGGAACAUGUUUAGUGUUUAACUUCGGUGAAUAUGCAGGAAUAUGUCACCUCCCUCUCGCUUCUUUGAAAGAGUUAAACUUUUCCUGACUUAUACAGAUGUCACACCCUAAUAUUGUGAGGAGAUCCGAAAUAUAGAUUUUCUUUUCGAAUAUUAAAUAUGAUCGAAAAUAGAAGUCCAGCAAAAAUAAAUUUUUGUUACGCUUUGACUGAGAGGACACAGCUGUGUUUAUGUAUAAGGCUGCUAAACAUAGAUAAAUAUAUGUUAUUCACCGGCUGGGAGGCCCGUAUUGGGAGAAACUGAGCCCUAGGUCUUGAGUACCGAGAGACCUACAGAGAUUUGAAAGUUUCAGGGAAAUUUUGCUUCUCUCUCUAACCUACGUGUGUUGAAGUAGGACGCGUUCGUGUUGAUGAAGCGCGCGAUCCAUCCCAAAACAAAACAUUACAACAUGAUUUUUAUAUUUGCAUUUCAUUAAGGCUUUGUAGAAAGAGCUAGUUACACUUACCAAUUUGAAGGUUUUGAAUUGAAUUCGAAUAAAAGAAGGCGAUGUGAGUAACAAGUUAUAAACAAAGAAAUGAAAAGGGCGAUAACCGACUGCUGGAAAAAUGAUUUGACAUUGAAAACAACGUUUUCUGAUAAGUAGAAAACUAGCGAGGCAAAUUCAAAGAAAAACGGCAGAAUCUAGAUUCUUACAGCAAAAAUGGAAAACAAAACUCCAAGCAGAGCAAAACUGUCCAAUAAACAGUGCAUAAAAGCAAGAUUGCAGUACUUACAGCGCGGUUAUAAAGCUAGUGAAGCGACAUCACGAGCCACCUUUUUUGCUUUACUUUAACGGUUUUCCUCGCCGACUUGCUUAAUUCUCCCUUCAGAUUUUUUGUCUGAAUAAUACAAUUCACUUUUCCCAGCUAAUGCUCAUAAUAGCGUUGAAUGGAUCGCGCCCCAGAUUGCAGGAUUUGACAUAUUUUACUUGGUAUGGUUUUGGGGAUUAAAAGUAAUGAAAACUGUAAACGAAAAUUUUGUUCAGUAAGGAUUUUGUUUACAAAUGUAUCGCUUCCCUACAUGUCUCACAUUGUCGGUGUUCUUUACUGUUCAUUGUAAAAUAAAGCUUACUGUACUAUUGUUGCUCAUGGUCUAAAGGCUGAUCGGCUGACCUCAGUCCGUUGGAAAGAUAUUCUUGACGUGCAUUAUACAGAUCGUGUAAUGCACGAUCGUUGCAUCGGAGAAGAUAAUUUUGACUGUAAACUUCAUGCGUUUCCUGAUCUCCUUAUCGCUUUUUGAAGCGUCGGCAGUCGGUGUUCCUUCUCUUCAUCGGUUUCGUUUACAGUGUAAUUGUAAUGUUUUGUCGCUGCCUCUGUUCAUGUUUGUAGUCGCUGUGUUGAUGAUGUUGCCUUCUCUGUGCUAAGCGAUGUUCUCUCUCCUUUGCGAUAUCUUGUUGUCGUCGUCUUCUUCGCUCGCGAUGAAUUUUAGUCGGCGUUCUCCAGAGGAGUUUCGAUGGAAAAUCUUCGCCGGCGAGGAUUUCCAGCCACUUGUUGUGCUUGCUGUUCUGUGUCAUUUGCAUGGCAAAUUGCUCUUGAUCGCAUGAUUCACCGAUCGUAAACAUUGUUUCACAGACGAUGAAUAAACACAUCAGCCCUUCAUGAACACAACAUGAAAGUGCGCCCUGGUCAUCAUCGGUAGAGUCUAUGUUGCCUGGAAACGCUACGUGAGGUCUUUGGCGGACACCAAGCGAUGUAUUCAAAGAAAGAUUUUUCUGGGGUUUAGAUUUUGUUAGAUUUUGUUAGCGUUAGAUUUUGCUGCUACUGUAGCAAUGACCACGCCCGGUACAUGCGCUUCGCGCGCGACCAGAUUAUAAACUUGCUUUGCUCGCGGUCUUCGGCCAACUGAUAACAGAACUGGGAGAUCGAUAGUGGUUUCUCGUUAUUGACCAUUUCAUGUGUUAUUCCUGGGGUUAAUUUAUAGUCACUUUAGUGAAAACCCUGAAGGCAUUUGCCGGUGAGCCUGCACGACUUUUAACUUUUACCUCGGUUGAAAAUGAUAUUUGUUCAACUUUUUUUACUUUCAAGCUGGUAAAUUAUGCUGUUGUGGAUUCUUGAAUUUGACAUUUGAAAAUAUUUUUGCCAGCUGCUUUACAUUGAAAGAUCUGCGAUGAAGAUGGGUUUCACGCAUAUUGAUUGCUUGUGGUCUUUGCCUCUAACAGGAUUUGACCUCUGAUGCAGAGUUUUGGCAUUUUCUUUGACGUCUUUUAAAGGGUUAUAGCUUUUUACUGCAACUAAAUAACCUUUAGAUAAAGGUGUUAGUUUCUUUAGAUUUCUCCGAAGUGCCUGGAUCGGAAUAACUACAUGAUAUUUUUGUCCGCGAAUGUGAUAAAUCCCUACUAAGUUUUGUCACGCUGGGGCCCACAGUAAAUCGGCUUCGCCGCGACUUAGAUCCUCGGAAAAGUUAUUUUCCUCUUUCUGUAAAUCCCGACCAGUAAAAAAUAUCUUUAGACUGUUGGCUACUGCCGAGGCCAGCGUGAAAUAACUCCAGCGUGGAUAGUACAGAUAGAAGCUCCGCGUCGGAGAUCGGCUCGCGCUAUCGGUAUUUAGUCCAUGCGCACGAUCAAUUCUCUUUUGCUGUAAAUGGUUAAUGCCAACGCGUUAUAAAGGGGUUCAUAACUUCUUUUCAUAUCUGAUUUUUUUUCAUUGCGUAUGCUGCGCUUGACUACCCUUGACUCUUGAUAGGGAGCUUUAGAUCGAGGACGCGACGGCUUUUAGAACGCGGUGACCGAGCAAAAGCCUUGAAUGAGAACGGCGUUCUAAGCGGGGGAAAAAUAAGCUUUAGUUUUGCGACGCGAGGUCCGUUCGACGCGUCAGUUCAAUAUAUAUAUUUUUUUAUUUGGCAAGAAUAAAAGAUAAGGUCGUGUAAUAAAGUCCAAAAUUAAAUAUGCCGUUAAUGUGCUCGGAAGAACAUAUGUACGAAGAAAAUAUGCAGCAUAAUGAUGAAUCAACCAUUUCCUCACUCGUUUUAAAAUAAAUUUUCUCUUGUAAAGAAAAAUCCGGCCGAAUGUAAAGCAGAUUUUCGCUUGGAAAAAACUUGCAUCUGCACUUGAUUCUUCUAAAGCUACGAUUGUAUCUAAAGCGUUGUAUAAUUCGGAGGGAUCAUAUCUUGUUGUCCCCGAAGCUUUUUCCUCGUUUCUCGAUUUCUUGUGCCUGUUGACAAGAAUUCCCACGUGGACCAAACCGAACGAGUGUCGGCAAUAUUUUCGUACUUCGUUGUCGUGUAGCAACGUCAUUACCAACGUCUCUAUUCUCGGUUUUCACAUGACGUCACCAAAAUUCAAACUAAGAAACUAUCGAUUCAUCUGAGUUUCUGAGUUUCAUGAGGUAUUACAGCACCUAAACACCUUUAUUUAAACAAAGUUUUGGUUCCAAAGGGUUCGUCGUUUUGCGAUAGGGGACGUUUGAAUUUGUAGGCUUUUGCGUGACGCGGCAUGUGGCUGGCGGUCGGGAGGGUUCUUAUGUGGGUUAAAAACACUACCAAUUUUGGGAGACUUUGCUAUCUAAACAUUCCUUGUCUCAGAAUAAAUAUCACUUUAAUCCUUUAUGAGUUUUUCAAGCGAUGAUUUCACGCAUUAGUAGGAAAACUCAAAAACAGAUGUUUCUGUUGGUUUCCGGCGGACAUAUUUGUGCCCCUCAAAGGGACACAAACAUGGCGUCUCCAUACAAAGCUUUAUAAAUUUGGGUAAAACGUUUUUCCGAAUAUCUCGCAUAUGAAAAACCGCACAGACCUGAUUCUUGGCGAGGCCUUUUGCAUAUUUAUCUUCUUUUAUUUCUUAGAUUCUGGACUUUCUGUACUGAAUAGUUUGCAAUUUUAUUUUCGAUUGCGUGACAGUGAAAACCGAGAAUACAGGAUAAGGUCGUUUUCGUUAAUUCAAAACAUCAUGGGACCAAUAAAAGAUAACCACUACUUCAAGACGGAGUUAAAUUUCAGCUCAGAUUAUAAUUUUAUAUAUGAAAAACAAAUUAGGGGGCGACCAUACACAUCUUAAGGGGCUUGAAACAAGGGAAGGGUGUUUGAUUUCUUCAAACACGCACUGUUUUUGUUUGUAUACAAAAUAGACUGAUAUUCCAUGCAUUAAUACAUUUUAAGACUCUAUUACUUCUUUUCAAAUAUUUCCAUGAAUUUUUCUGACACAACAAAACAUUUUUCAGCUACUAUAAAUUUUUUGAACAAUCCCCUACCCCCCACCCCACGUAACGUUACAGUCAUGUGUGUAAAUGUAUGCAAGCAUAAAUUUACAUGCACUAAUGUGACUCACAAAAAAAGAAACGGAGGGCAUUUUACACCUCAUGCGCUUAGUUGCGCAUGGGUAAUAAUGAAGAAACAGGCACAAUUUCUAUCAAAGAAUGUUGUUUAAAACAAGGACAAUUCAUACUCACGUUUUCUACGCAACGCCAAAUCCCUUUGACUCGCGUUCUGUCUUCACGACGCGUCAAAUUUGUAAGAUCAAGCAUGCGCAGGAAGCCUUUUCUGUAAACAAUUACCUCCAGCGGCGUCGCAGAUCCGUCGCGUCCUCGAUCUAAAGCUCCCUUUGUACCGUGAUUGGGUAAUUGUUUGUUUUGGUCGGGGAUCAAAACGUUGCCAUAAGUAGAAAAGCUCUGGACUGUUAGAGUUUGAUUAACAGCUCGGCUGUAAAUUGCAGGGUUAAAUAAAGGUGUUGCAUGUAUGUAUGUAAGACAGCUUUGUGAUUUGUUUUUCUUUUCAGGUUUUUGACAAACGUUGCAGGUGUAUUUGCUCUUUCAUCCUUCUUGUCACCAACAUCAGCUGUCUUUGAAAAAAUUAGAAGAGACUUUGAGCUGAAUAAAGACAAGCAAUUUCCUCCACUAUGGAUGUGGCAUGGGGAUGUUGAUACCAACAGACUGAGAUGGGCCUCACACACAGCUGAGAAUUUUACAGACUUGGAAAUUAAGACUGAUUUCCUAGUGAACUUUUCUCGUCAAGGACAUGAAAUCUUACCAGUGGAAUUGUUCUACUUGAAAGAAUGGGUUGAGAAAAUAAUUCCCAAUCCUGAACAAGGAAACCAAUGAGUAUUUAAACUGUUUCUAUCUAUGAAUAAAUUCACAAGGC